AUGGCUGGUGUGCUGAAUGCCUCGCUGCCGUCAUGGAAGGACAAUUCGCAAAAGUACCUGGGCAAGGUCACCAUCAUGUUUCCUUGGCGGUCGCUGCAGCUGCUCUUCCCGCAUCGCAUCCGCCGGAAGAUUCGCUCCAAGCUGCGCAGUCGCCUGGCGCCGUCGUCCUCCAUCACCUCGCUGAAAACCUCCUUCUCGCCCCUGGACACGCUGAAGGCGCUACAGUCGCAUCGCUGGACCGUUUAUGAUGGACAGUAUCUCGUGCUGGUAUUUCUGGGCAUCUUCUCAUUAGCGAUCAUCGAAACUCCUGGUCCUCUUGUAAAAACAUUAGUGUCUCUGGCUAUAAUUAUUGGUCUCAUUCUUCCCGUGACGUGCCAGUUUCUGCUUCCGGCCCUGCCCAUUUUUGCGUGGCUGAUCCCGUGGUAUGGAAUGCAAUUCAUCCCUAGCAGCUGGAGACCGCCUAUCUGGGUCCGCGUGCUCCCCGCGCUUGAAAACAUCUUCUACGGUGCAAAUCUCAGCAACAUCCUGUCCACGCAUAAACAUGUUGUUCUGGAUAUUCUGGCAUGGCUACCGUACGGAAUCAUGCACUUCGGGGCACCUGCAGUAUGCUCUUUGAUCUGCUUCAUCUUCGGCCCUCCCGGACUGACCCCGAUCUUCGCCCGAAGCUUUGGAUACAUGAAUGUCAUCGGCUCUCUGAUUCAAUUCCUCUUCCCAUGCUCCCCUCCCUGGUAUGGGAAUAUGUAUGGCUUGGCUCCCGCGCACUACGGCAUGCCUGGAUCUCCUGCCGGCCUCGCACGCAUUGACGAGCUUCUCGGUUUCGAUAUGUACACGUCUGGCUUCACGGCCUCGCCCGUCCCCUUUGGUGCCUUCCCGUCCCUCCAUGCUGCGAACGCGACCAUUGAAGCGCUCUUUAUGAGCCUCUUGUUCCCCAAGUUCCGCGCUGCAUUCAUUGCGUACACUCUCUGGAUUUGGUGGGCCACCAUGUACCUGUCCCACCACUAUGCGGUCGAUUUGGUUGGCGGAAGUCUGUUGGCAGCUCUCACGUUUUAUUACGCCAAAUCAAGGUUUAUCCCACGCGUUCAACAUGAUAAACCUCUUAGGUGGGACUACGAUUAUGUCGAGUUUGGCGAUUGCCUCGACUCCUACAACUACGACUUGGCUACUCUCCGUGGGGACUUCCAAUCGGACAGCGACGAAUGGACCGUCGGGUCUUCCUCUUCGAUUUCUUCUGGCUCUCUGAGUCCAGUUGAUGAAUCUCAGUCGAUCUGGGACGGCGAUGCUCUUAGCCCCAAUGCCGAUCUUGAGGCUGGUCGAUGA